UUAUCGUGCCUUUACCUUUCCUUCUCGAGCUCUUCGUCCUUCCUCUGUUUCCUUCAUUCACACAGAGAGAGAAACGCAAAAGACUAAAACUUUGAGAAAAGAGAUGAUGGAGUGGGACAAUCAGCAGCAACCCAGUAACAAUCCUUCUUCAAAUCUUCAAGGGAUCGACGUUAAUGGAGGCUCAGGCUCAGGAGGAAUGUACGUGAAGGUGAUGACCGAUGAGCAGCUCGAAACUCUGAGGAAGCAGAUUGCUAUCUACGCCACCAUUUGUGAACGUCUCGUUGAGAUGCACAAAACCCUCACUUCUCAGCAAGAUCUUGCAGGGAGAGUGGGAGGUCUGUAUGCAGACCCAACGUUUGGUCACAAGAUGACAGGUGGUAGGCAGAGGUGGACUCCUACUCCAGUUCAGCUUCAGAUUCUGGAGCGUAUAUUCGACCAAGGGAUAGGGACACCGAGCAAGCAGAAGAUCAAAGACAUAACCGAGGAGCUGAGCCAGCACGGUCAGAUAGCUGAGCAAAACGUCUACAAUUGGUUUCAGAACCGGCGCGCUCGGUCCAAGAGGAAGCAGCAUGGUGGUGGUGGUGUUGGUUCUUCUAGUAACAACAACAAUGGUGAGUCUGAGGUGGAGGCUGAAACUGAGACGGUGAAUGAGAAGAGAAAGAUGCCAGAGAGUCUUCUUGUGUUUCCUGAUGGAAACAAGAAUGCCAUUGGGACAACAAGUGCUACUAGUCCUAGGCCUGAAGAUCUUUACUUCCAGAGCCCUGAGAUGAGCUCUGAUCUUGACUUGCUAGGAGUCCUAUCAAACCCAAGGGAUGAGCAUUUUGUAGGAAAGAUGGGGCUGUCUGAAAGCUACAACAUGUAUGAUCAUGUUGAAGAUUAUGGCAUGUAGGGCUGAUUAAUACAAGCUGAGGAAAUUGGUUCAGUAGUCAGUCUUAAGCAGUUUUAGACACUUUUUUAAUUAUUUUGUUUCUGGGUGUUUUAAUCAAAGUUUGUGAUGCAUUACUUUAAUGUUUACUGGAUUUAGAGUGAUUCCUAUCUCCUUAACAAUAAUAAUAUUUUUCUAAGAAACUGAUUCAGGUUUUA